CCUCAUCAUCUGCAGACUGUCCGCCACCUAACCAUGUCCAGGCAAGACAAGGCCACCACGGAUCGCAACGCGCGCAUUCUACGCGACCUCGUCAAGCAGCCCGAUAACAAGACAUGCGCCGACUGCCGAAAGAAUGACGCGCGCUGGGCAUCGUGGAAUCUCGGCGUCUUUGUGUGUAUCCGCUGUUCCGGAAUGCACCGCGCGAUGGGCACACACAUCUCCAAGGUAAAGAGCAUUGACCUCGACAUUUGGACGCCUGAGCAGAUGGCGAACAUUCAGAAGUGGGGCAACAAGCGCGCUAACGCGUACUGGGAGCGUCAUCUUAAGGCUGGCCACGUCCCCCCGGAGCACAAAAUUGAGUCGUUCAUUCGAAGCAAAUACGAGAGCCGCCGGUGGGCUAUGGAAGGUCCUCCACCCUCAGACCCGAGCGUGCUGGACGGCGCUGGCGGGAGUGCCACUCACGCCGCGGCGUCCCCUCCGCCAGCGCAGCCAGCAGGACGUCCGCAGGCGCAGGCCAGACCUACGCCUACUGUGACGGCUCCGACGCCGCGACAGGGCGGCGCACACCCCCUGCUUUCACGGCAGGCCCGCUCGCCCCCCACUGCGGCCCCGGCGGCGGCACCUGCUCCUCUUCUCAACUUCUUCGACGACGAGCCCGCGGCCGCCAAGCCAACCUCGCCUCCUGCCGCCGCUCCCGCUGCACGUCCCGCCCAGGCCCAGCCCUCUACUACGGCAGCCAAGGCUCCCUCUCCCACCGCCGCUCCCGCGCCCCAGUCCAACAUCUUUGACCUUGACUUCAAGGCGCCGACUCCUCCCGCACAGAAGCAGCAGACGACCAAGAAUGACAUCAUGAGCCUGUUCUCUCAGCCUCCCCCUCAGCAGCAGCAGGGCUCGUUUUUCAACCAGAGCUCGCAGUUUGGCUCGUGGAACGGCGGCGUCACCUCCACACAGCCACCUGUUGGGCAGGCGACGGCCGCGCCCGUGCCAACGUGGGGCGGCGGCUUUGGUGAUCAGGCUGCAUGGGGCGGACAGCAGCAGCAGCAGCCGCAGCCGCACCAGCAGCAACAAGCCCAACCAGCUGCUCAGCAGCAGGGGUGGGGCCAGCCCCAGCAGGCUCAACAGCAGCAGUGGGGGCAGAACGCCAGCGCUAGCGCCAACCCCUGGGGCAGCGACCCUUGGGCUCAGCCUGCGCAGGCCGCGCAACCCGCUCCGAAGAAGGAUGAUCGCGAUCCCUUCGCUAACAUAUGGAGCUAG